UAGCAUUUUCCAAAAACACCUAGUCUGAAUUUUUUCUUCAUACAUAAAGGGUAGAGUCAGUUUAUUUUCCUCGUCAAAGUUUGAAAAUGGCUUCCAUAGUAUUGGAACCAUCAUCUCAUUCUUAUUCACAUCCCUUACACCAAACAACAACAACAACAACAACAAACCCAUUCUUUCCUCCAAAAUUUCAUUUUCUCAACAACAAUGCUUCCAAAUUCUACCCCUUCCCUUCAAAAUCCACCGUUUUCCUCACGCUUAGUACUUCCCCUAACAACAUCACACAUACACAUACUCCUUCUUGUACAAGAACUGAUUCCCCUUCUCCUACUCAACAGCCUGACCCGGUUAUGGAAACCGGUCUUGACCCGACCCGGGACCGGAGAAGAGUCGUGAGGGUUGCGUGGGAGAAACUGGUUCGUUGGUCUAGGUCUUGGCGCUCUAAGUCCAACACUGAUGUGCUCCAACGCACUAAAAAGGUUGUAGUGCUUGGAGGGGGAUCAUUUGGUACAGCAAUGGCUGCUCAUGUUGCGAAUAGAAAGGAUCAGUUAGAAGUUGUGAUGCUUGUUCGAGAUUCUCAAGUUUGCUCGUCUAUCAAUGAGACGCACUGCAAUCGUAACUACUUUCCGGAUCACACACUGCCGGAAAAUGUAAUUGCAACAACUGAUGCAAAGUCUGCUUUGAGUGAUGCAGAUUACUGCUUGCAUGCAGUGCCUGUUCAGUUCAGCGCAGCAUUUCUUGAGAGUGUUGCUGAUUAUGUUGAUCCAGGCUUACCAUUCAUAUCUCUCAGUAAAGGCCUGGAGCUUAAUACACUAAGGAUGAUGGCUCAAAUUAUUCCUCAAGCACUACGAAAUCCUCGCCAGCCUUUUGUUGCACUGUCAGGGCCUUCUUUUGCUCUGGAAUUGAUGAAUAAGCUGCCUACAGCGAUGGUCGUGGCAUCCAAAGAUAAAAAAUUGGCAGAUGCAGUUCAGCAGCUACUAGCUUCAAAUCGAUUAAGAAUCAGUACAUCAAGUGAUGUUACAGGAGUAGAAAUAGCAGGGGCCCUCAAGAAUGUGCUGGCAAUAGCAGCUGGGAUUGUAGAAGGUAUGAAUCUUGGUAACAACUCAAUGGCUGCUCUUGUCUCUCAGGGCUGUUCCGAAAUACGGUGGCUAGCAACAAAGAUGGGUGCUAAGCCAACUACAAUAACUGGUCUGUCAGGAACUGGAGACAUAAUGCUUACAUGUUUUGUCAACCUUUCGAGAAAUAGAACUGUUGGUGUGCGUCUUGGAUCAGGCGAAAAGCUCGAGGACAUACUUAAUUCCAUGAAUCAGGUUGCAGAAGGUGUCUCAACGGCUGGAGCUGUGAUUGCUUUGGCGCAAAAGUAUAAUGUAAAGAUGCCAGUAUUGACAGCAGUCGCUCGUAUUAUCGACAAUGAACUUACUCCUAAGAAAGCUGUUUAUGAGUUAAUGAGCCUCCCUCAGGUUGAAGAAGUGUGAAACCUCCCAAGACAUGGUUUAUCUACCAGCUACUUUUUAACUGCUGAUUGAAAGUCAAUUCUUUUUCACCAUUGUGCUUCUCUUGCUGUCUGAAGGCUUGGUGAUACCAAUUUUGAACAAUUGGAGUUUAACCAUAAAAAGAAUUUGAGAAAUGUGUAGAUUCAGGACAAAGUAUAUGUAUAUUCUUACCUUAUUAAUUCAUGUUCAAGAUUACCUUUAAAUUCCAAUGUCAUGCAUGGAAAAUGAUAAUGUAUUGAUAACUAUAAAAUUUAAUUAUUAUAAAAUGGUGUUGUCAAAUCAGAUAAA